AUGCGUGCCUCUCCAGCGUGGCUCGUCUUGGCCUCAAUUGCGCCCUUUCAGGUGGCCAUGGGGGGCUGUCCGUUUGCUAGCACAGAGAGAUCCCUCGGGUACGACCAGGACAGCACAAGGGAUGACAUGACCGGGAAAUAUUCAGGUCUAGGCAGUGAUGCUUGCAGCGGUGCCAAGACUCAUGACUUUUGGCCUUGCCAGUUGAGACUCAAUGCCCUGAGACAGUUUCAACCAAGUUCCAACCCGCUUGGGGAGGGUUUCGAUUAUGCCAAGGCAUUCAAAACACUCGAUUAUUAUGCCUUGAAAACAGCUCUCCACGAGCUCAUGACGGACUCCCAAAGCUGGUGGCCUGCUGAUUUUGGCCAUUAUGGAGGCUUAUUUGUUCGCAUGGCUUGGCAUAGCGCCGGGACCUAUAGAGCUAUAGAUGGCCGUGGUGGUGGCGGCAUGGGUCAGCAAAGGUUUGCUCCGUUGAACAGUUGGCCCGACAAUCAGAAUCUCGAUAAGGCUCGUCGUCUUCUCUGGCCGAUAAAGCAGAAAUUUGGUAAGAAGAUAUCAUGGGCAGACUUGAUUCUUCUCACUGGUAAUGUGGCCCUGGAGUCUAUGGGUUUCGAACCGUUGGGCUUCGGUGCCGGACGACCCGAUACGUGGGAGUCCGAUCAGUCCGUAUACUGGGGUGCCGAGACUACAUUUGUGCCCAAAGGGAAUGAAGUUAGAUACAACGGAAGCGAUGAUAUAUUUGACAGAGCUACAAAACUCGAGAAGCCACUGGGAGCGACCAAUCUAGGGUUGAUUUAUGUAAACCCGGAGGGUCCCGACGGUAGUUCAAACCCAGCGGCUUCAGCAGGGGACAUACGCGUUGCUUUCGGCCGCAUGGGAAUGAACGACACUGAGACGGUCGCCUUGAUUGCCGGCGGUCACGCGUUUGGUAAAACCCAUGGUGCAGUUGCCACUUCCAAUGUCGGUCCUGAGCCCGCGGCCGCUGAUCUUGGCGAAAUGGGCUUGGGAUGGCACAAUAAAAUGGGUAGUGGCAAUGGGCCGAAUCAACAGACCAGUGGGCUUGAGGUCAUCUGGACCAAGACCCCUACCAAAUGGAGCAACGGAUACCUCGAAAGCUUGCUCGGGAACAAUUGGACCCUUGUUCAGAGUCCCGCUGGUGGAAGGCAGUGGGAGGCAGUCAACGGUCCCUCGGACUAUCCUGACCCCUUUGAUCCUCGUAAACGGAGGAGGGCAACAAUGCUUACUAGCGACCUUGCGCUCAUUCACGACCCUGAGUAUGAAAAGAUAUGUCGCCGUUGGCUUGAACACCCUGAUGAGUUAGCACAUGCGUUUCGUCACGCUUGGUUCAAGCUCUUGCAUCGUGAUCUUGGACCCUGGUCUCGUUAUCUUGGGCCUGAAGUUCCGAGCGAGCAGCUACUCUGGCAGGAUCCUCUUCCCCCCUUAAGAGGACAGGUAAUAGGCGAGGACGAAAUUGCUGCACUCAAGCAAGAGUUGAUGGCCUCUAUCGAGGCUUCGCAGCUGAUCUCGGUGGCGUGGAAUGCGGCGUCUACCUAUCGCCACUCAGACAAGCGCGGCGGUGCCAACGGAGCUCGCAUCUUUCUUCGUCCUCAAUGUGCUUGGGAGUUAAACAACCCUGACCAACUUGAAUCUGUACUUCGUGUGAUUGAAAGAAUCCAGACUGACUUCAACGCACGAUCGCCGAGACAGGUUUCCAAGGCCGAUCUUAUUGUCCUUGGAGGGACUGCGGCAGUCGAGAAGGCAGCUCAUGAUGCUGGUCACAAGAAUAUCGCCAUCCCAUUCGCGACGGGUCGCGUUGAUGCGACUCAGGAUCAGACCGAUGUCACAUCCUUUGGUUUCCUGAUGCCACUAGCCGAUGGUUUCCGAAAUUUUGGACGUGGCAAUGCACGCGCCCGAACUGAAGAGCUCUUAGUACAGAGGGCUGCUGCUCUGACCCUGACCCCUCCUGAAAUGACUGUUCUGGUGGGCGGUCUUCGCGUGCUUGACGCAAACUACAACGGAUCUUCCCAUGGUGUCCUCACCCACAGGAAGGGCCACCUGACAAAUGAUUUUUUCGUUAAUUUAUUGGACAGCUCCACCGCCUGGAUAAAGGUGGACAAGGACGGAGAGUUUUGGGUCGGCGUUGAUCGCGAAACGGGCUUAGAGAGGUGGACUGCUACUCGAGCCGACCUUGUCUUUGGCUCUCACGCGGAGCUACGCGCCAUAUCUGAGGUAUUCGCUAGUGUCGACGGCCAAGAAAAGUUUAUCAAGGACUUCAUUGCCGUUUGGGUGAAGGUUAUGAAUCUUGACCGGUUUGACUUAGCUGCUGCUUCCACCGAGCAAGUUCACACAGGUACGGAUGAGCUAUAG